AUGGCGCAAGCGACGGGACCUUUGGCGGUUCGCUUCUCCGUGAACUCCGAGCGUGUGAAGAUGGUUGAUAUACAUGUUCGCGAUCCCAUAUUCAUUGCGGCACAUUAUAACGGUGUUUUGAAUCUAUGGAACUAUGAAACCGAGACGCUAGUGCGUUCCUUUGACACCACCACAGGGAUGCCUGUGCGCUGCGUUCGUUUCAUCCCGAAGUUGCAGUCAUUUGUUUGCGGCUGUGAUGACAUGAACUUACGAGUGUACAACUACAAUACGAUGGAGCGCACGAAGGUUUUUCAGGCCCAUAUUGAUUAUAUCCGAUCGAUUGCCGUGCAUGACCAACAACCGAUUGUUCUGACCUGCUCUGACGAUGAGACGAUCUGUCAAUGGGACUGGAGUAAAGAUUGGACAUUACAAAUGACAUACAGAGGACAUCAGAAUUACUGCAUGGCGGUUGCCUUGAAUCCGGGUGAUCCCUCCACCUUUGCUUCGGCUUCGCUUGAUGGGACGGUGAUGGUGUGGAGCAUCAACAUUUCCCAGCCCAAGUACUUUUUGGAGGGCCACACCUCGGGAGUCAACUGCGUGGAGUACUACCCACGGGGCGACAAGCCGUAUUUGCUAAGCGGAUCUGAUGACUGCGAGGUACGGCUGUGGGAUUACCAAACGAAGGCAUGCUUGCAUGUCUUUACGUUUCACAGCAAAACCGUCACUGCGGUAUUAUUCCACCCGGACGUCCCCCUCAUCUUCACCGUCGCCGAGGACACGUCGAUGAAGGUGAUAUCCAGCGAAACCUUUCGUCUAUUCCACAGCCUUGAUCACAAUGCAAUGGGCCGUGGGUGGACCAUGGCCUCGAGGCAUCGUUCUAAUGUGCUUGUUGUAGGCUACGAUGGUGGGUUUACCGUCUUCAAAGUGGGGGAAGCCAAGCCAAUUUUCUCCAUGGACACCAAUGGGCGAGUGCUGAUUGCGCAAGGUAACGAAAUACACCGCCUAGACAUCAAGGGAAUUCCCGAAAAUACUCCUGAUGGCGAGGUUCUUAGCCUAGUGCGCAAGGAUCUCGGCACCGUGGAGACAUCUGGGGGCUUUCUUCAGCAUAGCACUGGAGGUCAGAGCGUUGUUUUCAUAGGCGGUGGCGAGUACACCAUUUUAUCGACGCUGGCGUUGCGCCCUAAAUCAUAUGGUAGCGGUAUUUCCUUUGCAUGGGGCCCGGAAAGUAGUUCUUACGCUGUUCUGGAAACAUCCAUGACACUGAAAAUCUACAAAAAUUUCAAGAUUCGCGCCACGCUGUCCUUACCGGAGCCUGCGAACCAUAUUUUUGCUGGCCCCGUCCUGUGUGUGGCGACAUCCGCCAAUAUCAUGUUCUAUGACUGGGCGUCGCUGUCCAUAAUCCGGGUUAUCGACACGCAGCCCACGAUGGUGCAGUGGAGCGGCAGCGGUGAGGGCGUCUCGCUUGUGACUGCGGAAUCUAUAUUUUUGCUAAAGUACAACAGCGGCGAGGUGGCCGAGUAUGUUAAACAUAACCCAAUAAACGAGGAUGGCCUGGAAUCCUCCUUUGAUCUUAUCGAGGAGAUUGAGGAAAAGGUGCGUGACCUGCUGUGGAUUGGGGAAUGCAUUGUAUUCAUCACCCAGACAAACCGCCUAAAGUAUUACAUUGGUGGGGAUAUUAACGCGAUUGCGGUGGUGUCACGGGAUCAGUACUUGUUAGGCUAUGUUGCGAAGGAAGGUAGAAUAUUUUGCAUCGAUAAGGAGAACAACGUGACCAGUUAUGCACUCAAGGUGAGCAUUCUCGAGUACAUGGCGGCAAUCGCACGCGAGGACUACAGUACCGCCGAAGAGCUACUUAAAUCAAUUGAGGACACCCAUAAACCCAAGAUCGCUCACUUUUUGGAGUCACGUGGGCUGCAUGAGAUGGCUCUUCGGACCACAACAGAUGAUGCCCACCGCUUUGAGUUGGCUGUGCGGCUGAAGGAUUUGGAACUUGCUCAGCAGCUGGCCGACCGCAUACCCGAGCCGGCGCGCUGGAAGCAGGUAGGUGACAUCGCCCUGGACCAAGGUUGUUUUGAUAUCGCCACCGAUGCGUAUUGGAAAUGUGGGGACUACUGUGGUCUGUUGCUUAUCUUUACAUCUGUCAACGACUUCGAUUCGGUUUCCCUGCUAGGGGAUAAAUGUGUGGAGAAGAACAAACUCAAUCUGGCCUUCACCUGUUUUCACCUGGUGCAGCGCUACGCUGACGCGUCGGCUUUAUUGUGCAAGGCGGAUCGCUUUGCCGAGGCCGCGUUCUACGCCAGGACCUACUCCCCCGACAUGAUCGAGGGGGCGGUAGAACAGUGGAAGGAGUCGCUUUCUGCACUACCACACGUGCGUGAUGCAAUCGCCAAUCCAGCUUCAUACCCCAACUUGUUUCCUAAUAUUAAGUUUAGCGGCGGCAGCAGCGCACCUGAUCCAGCGGAAAAAGACGAGGGUCUCCCUCAGGAAGAACCUGUAGGGGAGGAAAGGCUGAGUGCGACUCUCUCAACCCCUGCAACCCCCAACGAGUCAGGCGAUCAAGAUGAAGUGAAGUUUGUUUCGACACCCGCAAAAGAGGUUUCGCCAGAUAUCGAUCUGGAUGGGGAAGAUGCUUGGGGGAAUUGA